GGACUACUUACGCACGAAUGUAGACACGAGGACUGAUUGACUUAUGCCUACGCUUGCUGAUUAGAAGAGGCGACCCCAAAUAAACAAUCAUCACAUAAAUACGUAAUCAACAAGCGGCCCCAAAAAAAAAAAAACACAGAUACUCCUUGGCUGGCAGCCAACGCCACAAAACCACCCAGCCAUCCAACAGGCAGCACCACCGAACGAACCACCACCCAUCGCCCACUCACCCAUCCCAGAAUGUAAAGCUCUCUGGGUGCGGAGGGAGUGGCACAGACACUUUUGGAUGAGGCGUUGGACAAAGUGUGAGAGUGAAGCAAUGUGAAGGCACAACAUUUUGCAAUAUUAAAGAACAGACGAAGAGCGCAGGAGGACGAGCAGGAGCAGGAACAGGAGCAGAAGGAGGAGGAGUACCUGUUGCCGACCCUACCAUAAAAUACUGGACUGGGUGAAAGCGUUUGGUGAAAGGCCUGGUGAAAGGUGAAAGCCGUCCACAGCCACAAUGGCCGUAAAUGUACUGGACUACGAUCACUUCGCCAUCAGCGCCAUCGUUGUGGGCACUCUGCAGCUGGUCUUCUUCCUGAUCAACUCCAUGCUACAAAUGGACAAGCUAACGGACUUUGCCGGCGGCGUUAAUUUCAUCAUCAUCUCACUGCUGACUUUCUUCCUUGGACAAAUUGAUCGGCCAUCGAAGGCCUAUGACAGUCGGCAGUUGAUGGUGACACUAUUUGUUUGCCUUUGGGGCGUGAGGCUCUCCGGUUAUUUACUAUAUCGCAUUAUAAAGUUGGGCCGGGAUAAACAGUUCGAGGAUACCCGCCGCAACAUAAUACGCUACGCGGUCUUUUGGACCUUCCAGGCCGUAUGGGUUUACAUUGUGUCACUGCCUGUAAUAAUCAUCAACUCACCGCGCCACUCUCAGCCGCGUGCCCCAAAGACCAUGACCACAUUGGACUCCACGGGAACGGGCAUGUUCAUCGUUGGUUUGCUGGCGGAGACCUAUGCGGAUCUGCAGAAGUUCUCCUUCCGCCAGGAUCCAGCCAAUCAGGGCAAAUUUUGCAAUGAUGGCCUGUGGAGCGUGUCACGGCAUCCCAACUAUUUUGGCGAGGUAGUCAUCUGGUGGGGCAUCUUUGCCAUAUCGCUGAAUGUGAUCAGCGGCCAUGAGUGGGUGGCGAUUGCCUCACCCAUUUUUACCACAAUGAUCAUCCUUUUCUUGUCAGGCAUACCUUUGCGAGAACGAAGUGCCGAUGAAAAGUACAAAGACCAGCUGGAGUACCGGAAGUAUAAGGCUUCAACCUCGCCGCUAAUCCCAGUGCCUCCUGCCGUUUACGUGGAGGUUCCCAGUGCCCUGAAGUUCAUUCUGUGCUGCGAGUUUCCCAUUUACGACUCCAUGCGAAUCCAGAAGGAUCUCAGUCCGUAUUCGUUGUCGAUAGCACGUUCCCACUCCCACAUCUAGCAGUCAGUGGCCCACUCCAGCAGCGCGGCUGGCGUGGGUCAAUUGAACGCCCACGUGGGAGGUCACUCUGGUGGCCACUCGGUGGGUCAUUCGCUGCACCGGGGUCAGUGCUAUGGGGCAAAUGGCGGGGAUGCCGAGAGCCACCAAAACUGCGGCGGAAGCUGCCGGAACGUCCAUGUGAAGUCGAAUCCGUACCAGUGCGAGGCGGGCUACGGUCACUAUCCGGUUUGUCACACAGACGACGACACGGAUGACGGGAUCAUCUAUAUGGACCGCACACACUUGUAUCACGAGCAGGAACAGCACCAGGUGAAAGCAGUGCCGAGCACCAAGUGCAGCUAUUUAGCCGAGGAGGAACUGGCCUCCGAUUACGACGAAGAUGUGCCGGCUAUCGAUCUCAGCAAGGCUACCAGUGUAGAGAGCUUCGGCACCCGUGUGCAAACGGAGCAGGUCGUGAAUGCUGAUGGGUUACCCGUAACCGUGACCACGAUUUUGUGAUUGCCACUUUAAGAUUGGUUCACGAACUAUGUAAGGUUGUUCGGAUCGGGUUUUUAUAUUGGAAGUACAAAGGGUGGAACUCUUUUUUGUGUUUUUUAUAAAACUUCCACUCCUUAAAUAUGUAUCAUAUACGCCUCGUUAGCCAGGGAAAGGUUCUUGUAAAUAUAAUGACUUACCCCUAGGCUACUUAUGUAAUGAUUUAACUUCGUAAGCCUCUAAGCGAACCUUAAAGGUAUUAUCCUAUAUUUUAGCUACCAUUUCGUUCCACCCUCUUGUACAGGAUGUAUUUUUUUGCUGACAAAUGCCAAAGUACCGGAUAGUACCAAGCAUCUUGGAUACUCACAGCUGUCUAACACUCUAGUCACUAUACUAUUGUUGCUCAAAAUAACUAAUGUGCCUCUUAUGUGCUAUGCGCACCCUUAGAUUGUUGCACUCUUUCAAAGUUUACGCUAGUCUCUGUUGAACUCUCGUUACUCCGCGACAA